GCGAUGAGGAGUCUGGCUCUGCUGCUGGGGGUGAAAGCCGCCUGCAUCCUGCUGGUGUCUUCGCUUUCCGGCACCGGGGCCGUCAACAACAGCGGCCGGUGGUGGGGUAUUGUCAAUGUAGCUUCCUCAUCCAAUCUCCUCACAAACUCCAAGAACGUGCAGUUGGUCCUGGACCCGAGCCUGGCCCUACUGAGCCGUCGCCAGCGUCGGCUUAUUCGGCAGAAUCCUGGCAUUUUGCAUGCCAUCGCUGCUGGGCUGCACACUGCCAUAAAGGAGUGCAAGUGGCAGUUCCGCAACCGCCGCUGGAACUGCCCGACCACCCACAGCCCGGCAACAUUUGGCAAAAUUGUCAAUCGUGGUUGCAGAGAGACAGCAUUUGUAUUUGCUAUUACGAGUGCAGGCGUGACCCAUGCUGUGGCUCGCUCCUGCUCAGAAGGAGCCAUAGAGUCAUGCACAUGUGAUUACCGCCGCCGUGGUCCAGGAGGCCCAGACUGGCACUGGGGGGGCUGCAGUGACAAUGUGGACUUUGGCCGAAUGUUCAGCCGAGAGUUUGUAGACUCCAGUGAGAAGGGCAGAGAUCUGCGCUACCUCACCAAUCUACACAACAAUGAGGCUGGCAGAAUGAUUGUGUCAUCUGAGAUGCGUCAGGAGUGUAAGUGCCACGGCAUGUCAGGCUCCUGCACUGUACGGACCUGUUGGAUGCGCCUGCCCAGCUUUCGCAUGGUAGGGGACUUCUUGAAGGACCGCUUUGAUGGUGCAUCCAGAGUUGUUUAUGCCAGUAAGGGCAGCAAUCGUGCCUCUCACCGAGCUGAGCCCCGUCAUCUGGAGCCUGAAAACCCGGCUCACAAACCCCCUUCUUCCUUGGACUUGGUCUAUUUUGAGAAAUCACCAAACUUCUGCUCCUACAAUGGCAAAACGGGCACUUUGGGAACAUCUGGAAGAACGUGCAACAGCUCUUCUCCAGGCCUGGAUGGAUGUGAGUUGCUGUGCUGUGGACGUGGGUAUAAAACCCAGACUGAGAAUGUUACUGAACGGUGCCACUGCACGUUUCACUGGUGCUGUCAUGUCAGUUGCCAGAACUGCACAAGUACACGAACAUUUCACCAGUGUCUAUGAGCACAUGUGGACAACUAGGUAUAUAUUCAGGCAGAAAAAAAUAACUUUUUAGCACAGUAGGUAGUGGGAUGAAAAUGCUAAUAGCACAAGAAAUCUUAGAUUAAAAACAAUGUAAAGCCUCAGGACGGGAAAAGUGAUACAGGGAACUAACUCUGGCCCCCCCCCCCCCCCCCCAAAAAAAAAAAAAUCAAUCAGCGUCAUUGAAUGAGGGAGAUGGGGAAUAGCACAACUAUAUGAACAGGGUAUAUAGGUAGGAUGUGUGCUGCUCCAUGCUUUUCCUUUGUAACGGUAUUAAAAGGGUAUUUAAUCACUGUAGUUGUUCAUCUCCAAUGGGAACCAUCUAAAAGUUGCAAGGGUGCCAAUCAAAACAAACAAACAGAAAUUGUGCCAGUGAUAGCGGUAACCAGGUACGACUUGUAUCUAUAUUUUUGAAAGCUUUUUAAUUACACAUUUUGUGGUCAAGAGAGCCACAAACGGUUGAAGUCUGUUUUUCAUUGAUGGGCCAGGCAGGUUUUCAGUACCACCUAAGGGGACUAAAUAGCAUUUACAACCCAGCCAUAGCAUACCAUAAACAACACAAACUAUCUAUGAUAACCAUCCCAGAGUGCUAUAGCUAAGUACGAGUCAAUUCCUGCCUUGUGGAAUGAUGUCCCUGCAGAGAUAAAACAGUCCAAUUCCGAAGAGACAAGACUAAAGACACAUCUAUUCUCCCUGUCAUAUGGCUAGCAUACCGGUGUAGUAUGGAACUAUGGUUCCUCUCCUUUUAAUUCAUAUUAUUAGCAACAGAACAGGUCUCUGCCUCACUGCAUCUAAAUUCUGGGUCUGUUAGUGAAGCACAUGACAAGCUGCCAGUGACCACCUUCGCAAUCUCUUUGCUUACCUGUUUCAUUCAUUUAUUUCAUUUAUUUAUAUAGCACCAAAUCACAACAAGACUGCCUCAAGGUGCUUCACACAAGUAAGGUCUAACCUUACCAACCCCCAGAGCAACAGUGGUAAGGAAAAACUCCCUCUGAGAAAGAAACCUCAAGCAGACCAGACUCAAAGGGGUGACCCUCUGCUUCAGGGCCUACAUAGGACUUACUGCUAACUUCUUGAUGUUUAAUCCCUUUAGGUGGACUGUAUUUAUACAUCAGUGUUUUUGUUUCUUUGCUAAAAAAAAUACUUUUCUCACAUCAAGUACGUUGACAGUCUGAGUUCCCACAACUUGCUGAAGUUUAAUUAGAUUUUUUCAGAGGUUUACCUCCAUCCUACAACAGGAUGGUACUGGUGUUAUAUAACUGGGAUCACAUCAUCCCAAAAUAACAGAAGCAUAAACCUAACUAGACAAACAUCAGUGAGGCAAAUUUGAAUGUAUUAUCAGCACACUGAAUAUUAUGUAUGCAGGUAGUUUGUCAAACCUGAAGAGUCAAUAUUUAAUAUAAGUGAAAUAACGCAUUAUAAAUGAAAAAAAAAAUCCCUGUAGCAUUCUGACACAUGUAGAAAUGUUAAAAUGGUACGAAAUCCCUCUUUAACGUGUGCACCAUUACACUACUCCAUUUUUAAUUAAACGGUGUGAUAUUUCAAAGUAGGCUGUAUGAUAAAGGAUUUUGUUUUCGAGAAUAUGAAGAAAGUCAAGCUGUACGUCAGCUAAGAGAACCAAAAUGUAAAUACUAAACUAUAUGAAUAUAUUUAUAAUGGCGUUGGUUGGAAGCUCGAUGAUUUAUGCACCUGAGCUGACAAAUAUGCUGUUGUUAGUGUCAAAUCAGGAGAUGUUUUGAGUUUUUCUUUUAUCUAUUUUGAUGUAGCUGAUUUUUUUUUAUUUCUUACCCAGACAUAUUGUUCAUGCACUGAAUAUUUACCUUCUCUCCAUGAGUGUAAAUAUAAAAUAUUUAUUUCUGAGGAUUUUUAUACAGUUAUAGAGAUGUAAGAGAAUGCAUUUUUUAGAUUUUAAUCAGAAGAUUUAGGUUUCCAAUGGUUUUGUAUUGUAUGAUAGAACAAUAAAGUCUAUAUUUUCAAUUAA